AUGAAACGCCUGCCUUAUUUCUGCCUGGGCAAGGUGGUGAGGGGCUUUGGACGGUGCUCUAAGCAGCUGGGCAUCCCCACAGCCAACUUUCCUGAGCAAGUAAUUCCUGAUUUAUCUCCUGGAAUUUAUUAUGGUUGGGCCUCUGUUGGAAAUGGAGAUGUCCAUAAAAUGGUUUUAAGUAUAGGAUGGAACCCCUGUUACAAGAAUACUAAAAAAAAAUCUGUGGAAACUUACAUUAUACAUAUCUUCAAGGAAGACUUCUAUGGAGAAAUCCCUAGUAUAGUAAGCACUGGCUACAUCAGACCAGAAAAGAACUUUAGUUCAGUUGAUGCCCUUAUUUCUAUAAUUCAAGAUAAUAUAGAAGAAGCUAAGAGACAACAGGAUUUACCAGAACAUAUGAAACUCAAAAAAGACAAUUUUUUCCAUAUUCCAGAAAACAAAAUAAUGAAUGGCCACUGA